AUGUCUGCCCAGCGAUCGUCUCCCAUAACCCCAGACGGAUAUGCGCUCUUGGAGCUCUUCCCUGGGAUCCAGCUCUCACCAAGUGAAACUUGCGACCAACCCAACGUUCCAGCGCUGGCAAAUACAUAUUCGACGGAGGAGGAAUCUGCUCCAACCCAGACCGCAGGUUCCUCUGCAUUGUCUUCCAUUACAACAUAUAUCCCCGAUACAGUGAAGGAGUCUCAUUGUUAUACCGACGGUGACUUCAUGCCCCAACACACCAGUGCCAUGUAUGUAUAG